AUGGAGGAGGAGGCUACUUCUUCGUCUCCGCUGCGAAUCUCCGCCACUGUCCGGGCUUUGAGCGCUGCAUUGCGGGGGAAACAGGAUAAUGUACCAGCCAAGAGCCAAACAGACGACCGGGAGAGGGUGUUCCCUGAGCCAGAGAAACUGUGGUUCAAGGAAAGCAGCGCGAAAAACCUCCGCAAUCGGGACUUUCUGUCACCCAGCACCAUGCUCAACACGCUGUUCGUCAAUGGACAGGUGCCACCAUGCGCUCUGUCGCGGGUCCUGUCCCUGCACGGCUUCGGGGUGCUCCCUAUCUCAGAGGGGGGAGUGGUUAGGGAAGGGCUGAAGGUUAGGGUUGACCGGCCCGCCACCUUCCGUUCUGUACUGGGUGAGCACGGGGGACUGGAGGAGUAUCUCAGAGCAUCUACCCAAAAGGAAGCCAGUGUGGUAGUCAACUGUCCCGCCUUGCAUUCAAAAAAGAAUGCACCCACAGCCCAGACGCUCUCUCUGGGACAGCUGCGUGCAGUUCUGCUGGCUGACCACAUGGGGGCGCUGCUCAGAAAACAGGGAUUUUUAGUGUUGUUUUGCCCCAAACUGGCUGAAGAUAGCGACAUUAUCUGCUUCCUGGAAACGCUGGGAGUUGAUUGGCCAUCGGCGCCUCAGAGUUGGACCAAUGAAGAUGGAGAGCAGAGGAUGAGGGAGGAGCUGGGAUCGUGUUUAUAUCGAGAACACGAAACUGAGAAAGGCAGGAGGGCGAGCGGGGGGAGGAGAGAGAGUGAUGAGACCGUGAGGGUGAACCUCACCAGAGUGGUCCAGGAGCAUGGCCUGAUGGGAUACGACCCUAGCAUUGGCACAUGCGCAGUCCAACCGGAAAAUGUUGCUCAUCUGGCUCAGCUCGAACUGGCUGCUUCUGACUGCACUGUUUCCCUGACAACAGUUAUCCAUGUAACGUCCUGUCAGGACGAGUUCCGGCAGCAGCAGGUCGCCGUCUUGUGGAAAGCGGGUGGUGCCACACACACACAGAGAUUCCUGGUGUGUGGUCCAGUGAAGACUCCAGGAUCUCAACUCACAGCCGCUCAGUAUUUACAACUCAGACGAGAGCAGAUGAAGGAGGCCUCAGAGAUGAAGUAUGGAGACCAAGUAGAGGGUCAAAGUUGGGAUGACAUCAUCAGAGUCAUGACCGCUGCCACAGUCAGAUUUGAGCUUCUGUCGACCGUCCACACGAGUCCAGUGACUCUGGACGUUCACAGAGAGGGCUCCGUCUCCACCAAAGGGCCCAGAGGAGGCGUGUUUGUCAUGUACAACUGCGCCAGGCUUCACACGCUCUUCGACAGCUACGAGAGAGGCGUGGAGAAGGGUUUGUAUCCAGAAAUCCCAGAUGGCUCCCAGCUGGACUUCUCCGCUCUGAAAGAAGAGGGCGAGUGGCUACUACUGUUCAAUUACCUCAUUCCCUUCUCUGAGCUCCUCGACCAAUCGGGACAAGCCGUGGACUGUGAAGGGGGCGGGGCCAGACUCAAUGUCAAAACAGAACAGAUGUGUAAAUUCCUUGUGUCUUUGAGUAAAGAUUUCAGCUCCUACUACAACAGAGUCCAUGUACUGGGGGAGCCGUUGCCUCAUCUGUUCAACCAAAUGUUCUGUCGCCUGUAUUUAUUAAGAGCUUUGCGAGAGUUGUUCCACACGGCUUUGGAGACACUCAACCUGCCUCCGGUCAGACAACUAUAG